UCCCUCACGUACGGCUCAGCCGCGGAGCCGAGAGGCCACCUGGUGCGCGGGGCUCCGGCUCCUCCGGCGGGGCUCGGCAUGAGGCUGGCGCGGCUGCUGCGCGGAGCCGCCUCCGUCGGCCCGGGCCCGGGGCCGCGCUCCGCCCGCUGCAGCGCCAGCCGCAGCCUCACCUCGGGCUCGGGCUCCGGCCCGGCGCCCGAACGUGGCGUCCCGGGCCAAGUGGACUUCUACGCGCGCUUCUCGCCGUCGCCGCUCUCCAUGAAGCAGUUCCUGGACUUCGGUUCUGUGAAUGCUUGUGAAAAGACCUCAUUUAUGUUUCUGCGGCAAGAGUUGCCUGUUAGAUUGGCAAAUAUAAUGAAAGAAAUAAGUCUCCUUCCAGAUAAUCUUCUCAGGACGCCAUCAGUUCAGUUGGUACAAAGCUGGUAUAUCCAGAGUCUUCAGGAACUUCUUGAUUUUAAGGACAAAAGUGCCGAAGAUGCUAAAACUAUUUAUGACUUUACAGAUACCGUGAUACGGAUCAGGAACCGACACAAUGACGUUAUUCCCACGAUGGCUCAGGGCGUGAUUGAAUACAAGGAGAGCUUCGGGGUGGAUCCCGUCACCAGCCAGAAUGUUCAGUACUUUUUGGAUCGCUUCUUCAUGAGUCGAAUUUCAAUUAGAAUGUUACUCAAUCAGCACUCUUUAUUGUUUGGUGGAAAAGACAAAGGAAGCCCGUCUCAUCGAAAACACAUUGGAAGCAUAAACCCAAACUGCAAUGUAGUUGAAGUUAUUCAAGAUGGCUAUGAAAAUGCUAGGCGUCUUUGUGAUUUGUAUUAUAUUAACUCUCCUGAACUAGAGCUUGAAGAACUAAAUGCAAAAUCACCAGGACAGCCAAUACAAGUGGUUUAUGUACCAUCCCAUCUCUAUCACAUGGUGUUUGAACUUUUCAAGAAUGCAAUGAGAGCAACCAUGGAAUACCAUGCUGUCAAAGGUGUUUACCCACCUAUUCAAGUCCAUGUCACACUGGGUAAUGAGGAUUUGACUUUGAAGAUGAGUGACCGAGGAGGUGGUGUCCCUUUGAGGAAAAUUGACAGACUCUUCAACUACAUGUACUCAACGGCACCCCGGCCUCGUGUCGAGACAUCGCGCGCAGUGCCCCUGGCUGGUUUUGGCUACGGAUUGCCCAUCUCCCGUCUGUAUGCACAGUACUUCCAAGGAGACCUGAAGCUGUAUUCACUGGAGGGCUAUGGAACAGACGCAGUGAUCUAUAUUAAGGCUCUGUCAACAGAAUCCAUAGAAAGACUCCCAGUGUAUAACAAAGCUGCCUGGAAGCAUUACAACACCAACCAUGAGGCUGAUGACUGGUGUGUCCCCAGCAGAGAACCAAAAGACAUGACAACGUUCCGCAGUGCCUAGAUACACUUGGGACCCCUAGGAAAUCCAUAUGUGGCUUUUGUAUUAAAUUUGGAAGGGAUGGUGUUGAGAACUACAUUUUACCAAAUACUUCAUGGGUCUUUUUGACAACUAUUAGGGUAAAAUAAAUGGAAAGUGAAUUCCAUUUUAUGCCAGUUAAACCUCCGAAAGAAUGAAAUUGUACCUAUUUGACACUUAUAUUUUCACAGUUAAUUGAACAUAUUUUUAACAUCUGUAGUUUUGGUCAACUUUCCCCUUUAUGGUAAACUUUGAAAGAGUGUAAGUCUUUGGCUUUCUACAGGAAGCUGUGUGGUUUUGUAAAAUACCUUUCACUUAUGCCUGCUGGAAACAUUUUCUUACUAAUACUGACUAGCAAGUUAACCAUUUUUCUCUUAUUUGGUGGAGUUCUGCCAUCCUUUACUUAGUAGUGUCAACUGUAGUAAGACAGUCUUCAAUUUUACGAGUGACUAACUACAAGUAAAACAGAAACAGUUGUCCUGUGAGUAUGGAACCAUCCACUUUAAAACAUCUUCAUACACAUGCAUCAUCUUAGCUCUGAAGUUAACUUGCCAUUUUAAAAUUUUAUUGCAAAGGAUUAAAAUGACUAGUUCCCUAUGGAUCUAAGCCUAGAUCAUGGGCAGUCUACUUUGUGCUUGUAAUUAAUGUAAGGAGAAAUUUUUAUACUAAAACAAACUAGCAGCUGCCAACAUUCUAAAGGAGAAAUUGUGGGCAAACCAGUGAGUCCCAGAAACUGAACUAUCGAUUGUUGAGAUUAAAUGGGAGAGCUUUUGAGAAACAGAGCUUUUCUGGGUCCUACUCCAGACAUGCUGACUUAAACUCUCUUAAAACACUCCCUAGGUGAGUCUGAUGCAUUACCUACUUCAGGAACCUUUUUUUUUUUUUUUAAGUCCUCACUCAAGGAUAUGUUUAUUGAUUUUUAGAGAUAGAGGUAGAAGGAAAGAAAAAAAAACAACCCAAAAAUAUUGAUGUGAGAGAGCAACAUCUAUCAGUUGCCUCCUGCACACACCCUGACUAGGGAAUCUAAUCUGCAACCUAGGUAUGUGCCCUGAUAGGGAAUCGAACUCGCAACCUUUUGGUGAAUGGGCAAGCUCCCGUCAACUGAACCACCCGCUCAGGGCAGGAACCAUUUUUUUAAAGUCAGUAAUGAUGAUACCACAUUUACUCAAGUAACAGAGCUCUUUAGGUUUUGGUUUUCACCUAUCCAAAGGUCACGAGAGAUGCCCUGAAUCUCAAGUCUGGUCCAAUUAGAAACAUAAUUUGAAGCAGGAGACAAAAGAACUGCUGGAGAAGAGUAUGCAACAGAAGGAUCAAAACCACGAAUGCACGUCUUGACAAAGAACAAAAGUUUGUAAGAGAGAUCUAGACUUUGUUAUCAGGAAAAAAGUCACUUUGAGCUUGUCACAACACUUUCGCAUUUGCGUGGUAAUUUGUAGUCUGCAGAUAUUUUGGUAUGAUAUACUAUGGUAAGUGUGUGGGGCUUUGAAACAGAGAGGCAGAGCAGGUGGUGCCCCUCUAUUGUGGAGACUCCGAGUGUGGCCCAGAAUUGGGCAGAUUGGAGCCAGGGCCCACGCUGGUCGCUCGGCCGGCGCCAGCUCUGGGACACCAUGAAGUUAGACUAUUACCUAGGCAUACCUCAUCUUCUUUUAAGGUAACAGGGAAAUAUAUUGAAAAUAAAUUUUAGCGGUAAGACUUUAAAUGUUUAAAGAACAGCUUUUCUACUUAAACGGGGGAAACUUUAUCUGGAAAAUACAUUGAGUUGAAACACUUCACUCUCAAAAGGAUUCCUUAAGAUUAACAAUUAUAUAUAAAUUUGUAAGUUAGGAGGGAUGUUGGAGGGCAAUUAAUCUGGAACCCGGGUCUGAGCGAAGAUGAUCCUAAGACUCGGGGCGUGUGACGUGCCCGGGGCUUCUGAGCUAAACUAACCAAAUGUUGGAAUCAAGGAUUUUUUACCUAUCCUCUUGUUCCUUUACUAUGGAUUUUGUGGAAAACAACAGGAUAUGCCACCGGAUGGCUUUAUUCAGUGUGUUACAGUUUUUUUUCACGCUUUUCUGUCCCGGAGGUCCGCGGUGGCUGUGACCAGACCGGCUCACCAGGUCCGGGAGCUUGUGGGGCCCGCGGCAGAGGGGGUUGGGGGAGGAGGCUACAACUGCCGGCGCGAACGGUUCCCGUUCGGAUUCUAACAGCGUCCGGGGCGAGCGAGGGCGCGAGUUCCUUCCUCUCCCCCGCCGACAUUUUUGGCCGCCUUCCCUCAGCCUUCGCAGAGGCGCCUCACCUGGGAUCACUCCGCAGUUCUGGGUCGCUUCUUACUGCGGCUGCUCGGACGCCUCCGCUGGAGUCUUAGGGGCAGCGAAAAAGUAGUUCAAAGGGGCGGAGGCAGGUGGUAGGUGUUCAGCUUGAGAGCCUCGCCCACGGACACACUGUUGCUCCCGGGACCUGAAGAAAAAAAAAUGACAAUUGUCUUGUAAUGACAAAAUAUUUUAGAAUCAUUUGAAAUCAAAAGUAUCCACUUUCCUAAAUGAAACAGUUGUACAACUGACAUAAUUGGAUGUUUUUACUUAUGAAAUGCUACUCGCACCCCAAACUUUAAAGUCGUCCUUCUUUAAGGGCUAAGAAAUUGUCUUUUAAAGGAAAAGUGAAAUAUUUUCCUUUAGCUUCGUUUUAAGGUAUCAUGGCUCUUUACCUUGUUAUUGUGGUAAUGGACAGAAAAUUACGUACAAAAAUAUUUGGGGGGAAGAUUUUUGCUAGUUGGUAUUAAAUCAUUAAAACCUGAAAUGUUUUUAGAUUUCUACAUUCUUUUGCCCACCAACAUUUAAUGCGAUGCUAUGUAGAUAUAAAAAUAUACUGAAGGAUAAGAAUUGAUACUACAUGAUUUUUAUAACCUGGGCAUUUAAUGAACGUGCCAACAUUUUUUAGGAAGAAUCGCAAAAUAUUCUCCGCCGUACUUAAAAUACUGGUUGACUUUAGAGAUCUUCCUACUCAAUAGCAAUCACUUUCUUGCACUGUGAAGUUUUUUAUGUUAUGGUGUUGAAGUGGAAGUCUACCAUACUAUUUUAUAAAAUGUUUUGUGAAUGGCAAUAAACUGAAAACAUGAAUCAACUCUUAUUUUGAAGAUUAAAUUGGGACAAUUUAGGUUUUGGAACUAU